CGCGACAUUGUUGUAUUUCGACAAUUGCAGCUCUGUUUCUAUAAGGCUCUAGCGAUACUGUAUCAGCAUCAGCCCACUCAGCUGACCGCCAUGUGCAGAGUGGGGGAACGACCGAUAAUCGUCAACAUCGCCAAGUCGUUUACAGAGAACUGUUCAACAGUGUUCCGAGUACCAGCACGAGCGCGUCUGGGCGUUACGCAACUGACGCGAUCGCGGACGAUUCUUUGUUUACAACAGUAUCCUUUGUGCAUCGUUUUACGAGUGAUGGAAUAUCUAAAUUUAUAAGUGUGAAAUUAAAAAAAAUGGCAAGCGAAAAUUCAGAUUCCCAAGAAACGAACUCGACAUCGCUCGUUGAGGAUUCCCUAAAUAUUUCCUUUAAGAAUUUAGGAUAUACGGUGCGAAAUGGACUCCUGAGUCGAGCUCGCAAAACUAUAUUAGACGGUCUGUCUGGAUCAUUCAAUGCUGGUGAGCUCACAGUUAUAAUGGGACACUCCGGAGCGGGAAAGAGCACACUCUUAGACAUACUUGCAGGCUAUACGAAGCCCACAAGUGGGAGCAUAUACGAAAACGGUCGUAUACGAAACGAGAGAAUGUUUCGGCGGAAAUCCUGCUACAUAUUUCAAGAUGAUAAACUUAUUGAAACGUUGACUAUUAAGGAAUCACUUACGAUAGCAGCGGAACUGAAACUUGGAAAUCAUAUCAGUGCGAGUCAAAAACGACAACGCGUAGAACAAAUAAUAAUGUCUCUUGGGCUGUACGCAGUGGAGAAUACUAAAGCCGGGAACCUAUCAGGCGGACAAAAAAAAAGACUAACAAUAGGUCUGGAACUAGUCAGCGAUCCGCCCGUUAUGUUCCUCGAUGAACCAACAAGUGGACUAGAUAUUUCGGUAGCAAAAAAAUUAGUCAAUUUACUUCACCUGUUAGCACGGCAAGGACGAACGAUGGUGAUAACUAUGCAUCAACCUUCACUCAGUCUACUUCAGAUGGUGGACAGGCUAUACGCAGUCGUUGCAGGAAAGUGUGCUUAUAUGGGCUCCGUGCCUCUGCUACUGCCAUAUUUAAACCAAUUGAACCUACCAGACUUAAGGUGCUUGUCGUAUCAUGACCCUGUUGAAUAUUUAAUAGAAAUCAGUGGGACCUAUGAAGAAAAAUUAGUAGAAAAGUCUAAAAAUGGAAGUAACAAUUGUUGGGUUACUGAAGCGACUGAUAGUCCAAUUCUAGAAAGACCGAAACUACUUAGAAUUACUUCAACAAAUGAGGAAAUUAGUUUAACACUAUUAACAGCUCCCAAAGAGAAUUCGACAAAUAAAAUUAUUUUGGCCCUGAAAAGCACAUACUCUACCUCAUUUUGGAAACAAUUCAUCACAUUGACAAGAAGAUCUGUAUUAAGUACGUGGCGAGAACCUUCAUUUACGUUAACAUUCAUAAGUAUUCACGGAUUCAUGGCAUUGUUUAUUGGCAUCCUAUUCAAGAAUGUUGGCGAAGACGUCGAAAAAGUCAGAGAUAACUACAACUUUCUGUACUUCAGUCUGAUGUUCCUUAUGUUCAACGCAUUUAGUGCCGUCUCAAUCAGAUUUCCGGAACAAAUCCCCGUUACCCGAAGAGAACAUUUCAACCGUUGGUAUACGACAGGCGCUUUCUACGCGUCAACUUUACUCUCUACGCUACCCAUACAGACCGUGUGCACCCUUCUAUACUCAAUUCUCGUAUAUUGGAUGACAGGACAAUCUCCGAAUUUAAUUCGAUUUACAAUAUUCAAUUUCACUUUGCUGUUAGUCUCAUACGUAUCACUAUGUAUGGGUCUCCUUAAUGGAUCAAUAUUUAACGUAAAGAAUGGAGUUAUAUUUGGUCCGCUAAUGAUUAUGCCGUUCACUAUAUUCUCCGGGUUCUUCUUGCGUUACCGCGAUGCGCCGUAUUUCUUCCGCUGGAUGUUUCAAAUAUCAUUCUUGAAACACGGACUCGUUGGACUCGUGCUCUCCGUCUUCGGUAUGGGCCGGUCUAACUUCAGCUGCCCAAAAAUAUUCUGUUACUACACUUACCCUACGCAGUUAUUAAUAGACAACCACAUGGACAAAGAAGAAUUUACAUUAGCGAUUGGAGCACUUUUCGCUAUCAGCUUCGCAUUGAUUGCGACUUCUUUCGUGAUCCUCAAAAUUAGACUGAAGAGUAAAUGGUGAUGUGAUAUAUGAACAAAUUAAUUAAGUUUUAGCAAAAAUGCUUUACAGGGUAAAGUUUUUUUUUUAAAGGACGUUUUUGUAAGUCAACUGAAUAACGCCAGUUAAUAAAGAUACUCAAUAGUACUAUUGUAUACCAAAUAAUGUUACAAGAUCUUAUUUUUCAUCACAUAUUUAGGUUUAUAUAAUAAUAAAACAUCAUCAAUAUCACUCAGAUUAUAGAUUACUGAUAUAUUUUGAUAAUUAUAAUGAAAAUUGAGGAUUACUCCCGUCCGCGCGUAGGAGGAAUAGCACCUUAGACUACCAACGAAUAGGAAGAGAGAAAAAAAAGAAGAUUACUUCAAUUUUUGUUUUGAUAUUGAAACCGCUACGUAUGGAUAAUUAGUAGCAGUGUUUAUACAUACUUAGCGUAUUUUAUAUUAAUUUGUCUUUACAGCAGAUUUGACAUAGUUUGGUGAAUCAUUCUGGAUUUUUAAAUCAUAUCGUAUCAUAUAAAUUCAUUACUACAUUAGUCAAGUGCCGUAAGAGUUUAAGACAAUUAAAACAUUUGAACUCCGAUAGAUUUUUGUAAAUGAUAAUAGAAUUAUUGCAGAAGAUGAAAAUUACAUUUGUUGGUUAUUCAUUGACUUUUUGUUUUAGAUAGUUGACUGUUUGUUUUUGACAUAGAGUAUAAGUAUGGUAAAUGAAUUGUAAUAUAAUUAUUAUAGAUAAGGGUCAGGGUUUAUAAAAAUGUCGCUGGAGCUUCGUUAAACUUUACUUAUUUUAUUAUAGUAUAAUAAACUACCAACCCAAAGCAUUACAGCAAAAUUGAUCUAUAACUACUUUGAAUCAAAUUCGAAAAAUAAAGAUGUUGUCGUGGCCUGAAGGUUAAGGCGCCCGGCCCAUUCGUAUCGAUCGUGUGGUGGUGACGGUGUUCGUAUCUCGCAAGCAGUUAGAAAAAUUUCUAAUCAAAUAAAUACUUGACAUAUAUAUUUUUUUAUAGCUUAGAUGGGUGGACGAGCUCACAGCCCACCUGGUGUUAAUUGGUUACUGGAGCCCAUAGACAUCUACAACUUAAAUGCGCCACCCACCUUGAGAUAUAAGUUCUAAGAUCUCAGUAUGGUUACAACGGCUGCCCUACCCUUCAGACCGAAACGUAUUAAUGCUUCACGGUAGAAAUAGGCAGGGCGGUGGUACCUACCCGCGCGGACUCAGAAGAGGUCCUACCACCAGUAACAAUUUUUACGAAUGAAUUCCACGAUGAGAAAUUAUAAUUUGCAAAAUUACCAUAUAUGUAAUUGAGUUAUAAGCCUCAAGCCGUGGCGUCGCGUGGCGGCAUUUACAAUGUAAGGUUUUUUUUAAUGGCCCGUGUUAUCAGACGAAGAUACGAUCCAGCUGAUGGUGAGUGGUGAAGUCGAUGUCUAUGGGCUCCGGUAACCACUAAACACAAUUGACAACAUGGUUUCUUUUUCGUUUGGUACACCAAGGUUGUUUUUCUCAAAACCUGCUAUUUUAGCGUUAAUUUUGUAAUAAUAGUGUAUGUAAUAAACUAUUGUGGUAUUCAAAGUUUAUUUCUUUAAGGUACAACUAUACAUAUACAGCUACCAACUCUGCUCAUAACAAUUGUCAUGAAAAGAAAUUUAAUAAACGUAAUGUUGAAUUUUAAAUUAUUAAAUUUUAAUUCAUUUUUCGAAUUUGAUUAAAGAUUCUUAUUAAAAUAUCUAUGUAAAAAUAAAAACCGAAGACCAAAGAACAAAGAUUUUUCAACACAAUGACAUGCUCGGUACAAAUAAAUAAUUUUAAUCAAAUACAAUAUUAAAAAAACAACAAACAACUUUUAUUAUUGUUACACGAAAGAACAGGAUUUGUUGAAAAUGAGAUAUGUAUUUCUUUUUUUUGAAGCGUAGGUUUUACCGAUCGCGGUAUGUUCAUAGAUGUAUUGGCUGUUUUAAUUAUAGAACAUUAUGAAUUCAUCGGUUAUAUUUGUAAAUAUAAACUAAAUUUUAUAAUUUCAAAUGGACUGGCAACAAAUACAACCUCUAAUAUGU